CUCAGCAGUCACUGAAGCGGGGGAAGGUCCAGGCUGUAAACUUUGUCGAGUUUCUGCUUCACUUUGAGAACUUUAUUUUAAAGAACAGCACUUUGACUUAAUAUGAGCUGAUAGCAGACUUUUUCAGUUUUAAAUGUUGACAACUUGGGGGGCUGUUGGACAACUUUUCUUGUUCUAAAGUUGCAGUUUUUUAGCGGACCAGAGACGGAGACAUUGAGUUCCUGAAGAGCUAACUUUGAUAGCACUUAGCGUCAGCAGGUCUAACGGCUCUGAGGAGAUCCACAUUAGCUAACAUCGAACAUCUGGAUGACACAGACCGAGAGGAACCUUUAAAUUUAACUUUCUUCUGCUAUUCGGUUUGACUCUCAGAGCCUGUCCGGACACUUUGACCGAAUAUCGGAGCUCUGAAACUUUCUGGUAAAGUUGAGAGAAAAUGGAGCCUGAGACCCGCCGCUAACAGCAGCACUUCCCUCCCCGGCAACAUCACGCUCUCUCCUGGAUUAAUAUUUAAUCGAUUAUCCGAUUAUUGAGGCCAGGAUGCCCUCAGACUCCACGGUGAACUUUAACCUCCUCCAUCGGACCUGUAAGCUGGUGGUGCUGCUCUGCUUCCUCCACAUCUCCGUCACCGUGGUCUUCUACGUCCGCUCCUUGGACAUCCGCUUCAACUUCGUCCAGAACCAACAGCACCAUCACACCUCAGCGGCGGUCAGGAACCAGACUGGCAAAACGGACCCUUUACCGCCCAAAACAGAGCCAAAGCAGGUCGAGACGAAAACCGAGGAAGUCCAAGAGCCGGAGAAGGAAGUUCCAGUGAGUCAGGGCGGAGAGAAGGCGACGGAGCCCGCGAGGAAGGGGACAGAGCCGGCCAGGAAGCUAGAGAAAUGCCCCGAAACAUCACCUCUGCUCGUGGGCCCCCUGCGGGUGGAGUUUAACACCCCGGUGAGUCUGGAGCAGGUGAAGAAGGAGAACCCAGAGGUGCAGCCGGGCGGACGCUACAAACCCAAAGACUGCGUGGCGCAGCAGAAGGUCGCCAUCAUCAUCCCGUUCAGGAAACGAGACGAACACCUGAAGUACUGGCUGUUCUACCUUCACCCAAUCCUGCAGAGACAGCAGCUGGACUACGGAGUCUACGUCAUCAACCAGGAUGGCGAGGAGAUCUUUAACCGGGCGAAGCUGCUGAACAUCGGCUACACUGAGGCCCUGAAGGAGUACGACUACGAGUGCUUUGUGUUCAGUGACGUGGACCUGAUCCCCAUGGACGACCGCAACACCUACAAGUGCUUCAGCCAACCACGGCACCUGUCUGUUUCCAUGGACAAGUUUGGCUUCAGGUUGCCUUAUAACCAGUAUUUUGGGGGCGUGUCCUCAUUGAGUAAGGAACAGUACCUGAAGAUCAACGGCUUCCCCAACAACUACUGGGGGUGGGGCGGCGAGGAUGACGACAUCUACAACAGGCUGGCAUCUAAAGGAAUGUCUAUCUCCAGACCGAGCGGUGAGCAGGGCAAAUGUCGAAUGAUUCGCCACCAGAGAGACAAGAAGAAUGAGCCCAACCCUCAGAGGUUUAACAGGAUCGCUCACACCAGAGAGACGAUGCACAAAGACGGGAUCAACUCGCUGUCAUACUCCGUGGUCAGCUUGGAGAAGCUGGACCUGUACACCAAGAUUACGGUGGACGUGGGGAAACCGUGACCAGGAGUCAGACUGACAGAACCAAACGUGCCUUAGACACUUGAAGCUUUAAUUCUGAUCGAUCGAUCGAUCGGACCUGCUGGAAUCAUCAGCUGAUUUUGUUGUUUUGCACAAACAGACGGACCGAAUGUUUGUGACAUUCUCCUCUGACGGACUGAAUCCUCGCCUCUGAUUGGACUAUGUCUCUAACCAAUCAGCUGCCUCCGUCUGUCCGUCAGACGCUGCUGCAGCAACACUGCCUUCACGAGCCUUUUAUUUUGAAAGUCAGAGACAAUCAGGGCUGCUGGGUAAUGUAGUCAGGGCUUUUCUGGUGGGGAUGAUGAGGGCGGGGUUUAGAUCUGGUUCAUAAACCUGGAUCUGUAAUUGAUUAUUGAUUGGAUUAUUUAAUAAGUAAAGUAUUUAAUUGUGAAAGGGCUGGGACCAAGAACAUCUCCAUACUUUAUCAGCUGAUGGUGAUACAGGAUGUAGUGGUGUGACUUCAAAAUAAAACAUAACGCUGAGCUUCAUGUGUGAAUGGUGAGCCUGGCCGGUCCAAGGCUGGUCUUCUGUCGGUGGGUAGUUUUGAAAACAGACUCGCCACGUCCUCAAAAACAUGACUGUGAAUCAGACCACCAACCUGACCUAGGUGUGGUCUGAAACCACCAACGCUAGGGCGGGGCUUGUCUGCUUGGAGUAGGUGGAGACCCAUGACACCAUCCUCAAAGGUCAGGCAUCAGGGUUCAGAGUUCAGAGAGAGGGUGGAAUGUUGGUGAAACUGGCUUUUUCCCUCCAUUUUUAACAUCGUAGUUUGUAGUAGCAGUAUUUUUACAGGGACCUAAAACGCCGUUUUGAUAUUUAGAAAAAGACAAACCUCUGUUUUCACAAACCCCGCCCACAUGUGGACCAGGUCUGAGUCAGCCAUGACUCUACCAGAGAAUCAACAUUCAUUCACCUCUGACCGUCUGCCGUCCCCAGAGGUUACUGAUCACUGUUUACUGAUCAAUAAUGAGUGGAAACCAGAUCUAAGCUCCGCCCCCGGCUGUAUUUUUGUGUGUUUAUUGAUAAUCAGAGUUUUAUUGAUGAUUGAUUAAGAUCUGUUUAUUUUUUAAAACAAUCCAAAGUUUAUUGAAAAUGUCAAAACUGAUCAGCUGAAACCAAAACUCAAUCAGUGAGUGGAUGAACUGAUUGAUUGAUUGAUCAGCUGCUGGUACCAAAGACUUGAAAUCAUGCUCUGACAGCCACAGGUGAUCAAUAUGACCAAACAGGUUUGACCAGCUGUCAAUCAAUCAAUCAAUCAGAGGAAGUGUGUGGUUCCUGAUGCUGUCCUCCAUGUUUGCUUGUUUGUUUGUUUGUUUGUUUGUUUGUUUGUUGUGUCUCCCUCUGCAGACCAAACAUGUGUAGUGUAUUGAUCAGUGAUCGAUCAGCUGUAAUGUGCCUUAUCAUGGAUCGGUGGUGUAUGUGUUGACUGAAUGGUGGAGGUUUUUCUCAGUUUAUAAAGUCGUGAUAUGCUGAACUGUUCCAGUCUCUGUCAUUCACUCUCUUUAAAACCUCUCUGUCUCACUGCUUUGUCUCAUUAGAUUAAUUGAUCAGUUAACCCCGCAGUAAUCGAUAUAUCUAUAGCAGCGGUUCCCAAACUUUUCAGAGCCCGUACCCCUUCAGACAUUUGACCUCCGGCCAUGUACCCCCUACUCUCAUGCACUUAUAGCAGCUAGAAAAAGAAAUGUGUCUGUAAGCCUGCCGCCAACCCCACCUCCCACAUUUGGCGUGCAUAACAAACAAAUAAAGUCUCUUAAAGUGGAUUAUUUCUCACAAAACGUAUUUAUUAUCAGCAUUUUCAAUGAGCAACACCAGUUCACUUUUGAAAAAAGAAAUUUACAUUUCUAGAACAUAUUCAGUUAUGAACUUGAAACUGUUAAGUACAAACUCACCACAGCUUUAAUGAGAGGGGGGUCUGACUGAACAUAUGUUACUAUAAAUUUUUGGUGAUGUGAGCAGGCACCUCAGACUGUAGGCCUUUGUCUAUUUGUACGCCAGUUUCAAAAUGUAAUCAGGCUGUUUUCAAAUCGUGUUUUUAUUUUUAUUUUUCACGUACCCCCUACGUCAUUUUGUGUACCCCUGGGGGUACGAGUACCCCAGUUUGGGAAUCACUGAUCUAUAGGGAUCUACAGUACAAUCAUUAGACUAACAGGAAGAACUUUUCAGGGGACUGGACUUUAAUGUUGGGACCAGGGGGCCUCCACAAGGACUUUAUGGAUCAUUAAAAUUUACUGACUAGUACUUAAUCAUCAGGGUCUAAAUGAUGACCCCCUUUAGAACUACCAGGGUCUAAAUGAUGACCCUCCUGAUGCUCAUAGUCCGGUGUGUCUCCUUUUUGCAGUGUGCAGUGGUCCAGGUCAGCUGUCAAAGACCUUAAUGGAUUUAAAUUUGUUGUUCCUGUGCAACUCCUUUACUGAAACUGAUAUUUGAAUUUAGCUUAUCAACCAACCAAUCUUUGUUUGUUUAGCACUCGUUCACCACAGAAGUUAUCUCAAGACACUUUACAAAGAUCGCAGGUCUAGACUCUGUUGAUAAUGAUAAAAUCUAACCUUGAUAAUAAUAAUGAUGAUGGUAAUAAUAACCAUUAUUAUUUGAUGAUUACUUAUUUUAACCUGUAAUAGACUUGGGAAUAUUUUUGUGCCAUUCAGUUUUAUUU